GUCUGGAUACGUGCCUCCACCAAUGACUUGGAUAAUGUUCCAGAGGAAGUGGUGGCUCACAGCAGCAGGCAGGAGCUGUCGAGAAAACACAGCGAUGAUGUUUUCACAGUAAUCGAGAACGGAAAUGAGCAUUACCUCCAGCCAGAGAGAAGUCCUGACGACUUGCCGUUGGAGCAGAUCCACCUACAACAAGAUGUCCUUAAGCUCAACACCUAUGUGGCCUUGUUCAGCUUUACUCCCCAAGACAGCCAUGACCUGGAGAUGAGCGCAGGAGACAGAAUCUUAGUGGCUGACGACUCGAAUGAUGACUGGUGGAAGGGGGUUUUUGAGGACAGGAUCGGUUACUUCCCGGCGGCCUAUGUUCAUCAGGCUGGGAUUGAGGACCAAGUGUUCAGGUGUAACAGGACAUUCAUCGGCUGUAAGGAACAAGGACAGAUCACCUUAAAGGAGGGACAGAUCUGUGUGAGCAGUGAGGGCGAACACAGCGGCUUCAUCAGAGUGGCGAGUGGAAAGAAGAGAGGCUUCGUGCCCUGCGAUGUUCUGGAAAUCAUAUGAGACAAGCACUCAGAGACAGAAAGAGAGAGACUGAGACAACCAAGAGGAGGAGGAAACUAAAACUGCAAAAUGGCUCAGAGAAACCAGGGAGAGACUUUGCCUCGUCAGAAGUGUUGAUGUUAAAGUGAUACUGGUUUUGUGAAUGAAGACUCUGCUUUGUUGUGGGUCCGAGUCUCCGUACCUUCUUCCCUCUAACACAGGGCUAAAUGCUAAAGUAGACAUUAUAGUGUGUUUGCUAAACAGAAGCCCUCUGUUUAACUGGAUUUGAUUGAAUUUAUAAAGCUGAUCUAAGUGUUUCUGUUCCCCUUAGUUUGAUUUAGCCACAAACUGUUUGUUUUUAAAAAUGGAAACUCUCGUCUGGCUGUUUAAACUAAAGAAAAGGAAACAAACACAAAGCACAUCCAAUGCCAUUCCUCUUACAAAUAGUUUAGUUUCUCAUGCUUUGACAUCAUGUUGCCGGCAAAAGUGUAGCUUUUAAUCCAAGGAUUUGAAGUUUGGAAUAAAUGGGUGAUUAUUUUGGAUGACAAAAUGCCAGAUCUCAGAAGGCAAUGGAAAAUUGUAUCACAGUAAACCUACUUUCUAGUUAGAACAUUUUUUUAAACUUGCCAUAACUUCCAAACUACAGUGACAGUCCUAAAGUAGAAGGUGAUUCACAACAAAGAGAUUUGAGGGAGUAUUUUCAGAGGAAUUUUUCACAAUCAAAGACUUCAGAAAUGCUCAGUGGUCUUUUCAAAAUAUCGCCCUCAUAUUCCCCAGAUUUCAAAUCUGACUCAUUGCAUUUCCUGAAUUACUCAAUGGUGACGGUAAUAUGCAUUUUUCUUUAUCGUUAAAAUCAGAACCCUUAUUUAAAAUCUGUGUUCCACUAGAAAACAAACUUGUUAUUUACGAAUGUUUACCUUUUAAAUUGUUUCCAUGCUUUGGGAUCCAUUUGACUGAUCUUUUAAGGUUUGUCUUUAAUUAAAUUAUUUCUCUUUUUGGUGAUUCUGAGAGGUUUUACAUCAUAGUAGAUAUAGUAUAUCUCUUAAAGGUUGUUCUGCACUAAAACGUGGCUUUAUUGAAUGUCCUGUAAAUACUGUACAUACAAAAUAAAAAAAUAUUCUUUAUCACAACAAACCUGA